AUGGAAAACCAUGCUGAUAAGUCUGCAUCUGAUUCUGAAAUCAAUCAAAUCGGAAUUGAUAAAACACCGACUGGCAUAAUAUUCACACAAUACAAGCGAAGAAGGGAGGAUGAUUUUGUAAUUGAAUUUAAUAAUUUCAAAACAGAAAUAAAAUCUAUGAUGCAAACCCAAGAACGCGAAAUGAAAAAGAUAUUUAAUGAUAAACAACAAAGUAACAAAGCUGAUUUACUCGAGAAUCAAAUAAGAGAAGAUAGAAAAUAUAUAAUUUUACUUGAGGAAAAAAUUGAAGAUCUACAGAUGUCACCACGCAAAGCAAAUUUUGAAAUAAAAAAUGUCCCAAAAACAAAAGAAAACCUAAUUGAAAUGGUCGCAAAACAAGCUGGUGCAGUUGGGAGCAAUUUAGCAUAAACGGAUAUUAAAAAUAUCUGUAGAGUAAAAGUUCGUAAAGAAUCAUCUCAAAAUAUUCCAAUUAUUGUUGAGACAACAUUCGCCAUUUUGAAAACGGACAUCAUCAACCUGAGUAAGUUAUUU